AUGAAAGAUGUUGGAGAGAUAUGGUUUAAUGUUGGCUGUAAAAACCUCACUGGGAAUCUGUACAUAGCCCACGUAGAGGUAGCUGACUCGAUGGACGGGAGACAUUACGUCUGCCUGGUUAAGAAUAAUUUACUCGAUAGGUUUCUAAAAUGUGAUGGACACAUCAUCAGACCUGUCAUUGCUGAAGAGACACGUUGCACACCCACCAAAAUCAAAUGGACCAGCCCUGAAGUGGACUACGCCAUUGAAGGGGGUAACAAAACUUUGAAGUGCAUCUUCAGUGGAAGACCAACACCCACAGUAACUUGGACGCGACUGGACGGCCGACCUUUGAACUGCGGCAUUCAAAACAUGACCUCGCCUUCUGAAGGUCACAAACUUUCUCAAGGUCUCCACACUACGGAGCUGUUUAUAAACCACGUGACCGCAGACUGCAGUGGCGUCUACGUGUGUGAAGCUGCUAGCAGCGCUGGUGAUGGCUGUGGUCAUCCUAUGGAGAAAAGGCUGGAGCUGAUUGUCGAGUCUCCUCCUCAUUGGAUGAACAUUCAAUCGAUCCCACCAAUCAUAGAGGCCAAAGAAGGUCAGGAGGUCAUCCUUAACAUUGAAGUUCAAGGUCAACCAGCACCUGACCUCAUUUGGAUGGCCAAUGGUAACGUGUUGCCAGCCAAUAACAGAACAUCAAUUGACAAAGGCCACCUCCGAUUGGUCAACGUAACAUCACGUGACAUUCAAAUCGUCCAAUUGCGAGCCAGCAACAAGCAUGGCUCGAUAUUGACCAGCAUCAUUAUCAAUGUCAAAGCGCCCACCCCUACACCCCUGGACGCCAUCCUCCCAUUUUCGCCCACCUGGAUGGCCCUGGUGGCACUCCCUGUGGCCAUCUGCGGUGUGGUGGUCAUCAUCAUGGUGUGUGCUUAUAAGAAGAAGAGGAAGUUAGGAGAGAAUUAUAAAGUUUUUGAAAAGGGGAAGCAAGAGAAUUUGGAUGAUAUCCCAAUGCAGUCUUUUCCCUUGUUGAACAACAACAUCAACAACACUUUCAACAACAACAACAUUAACAACAUCAACGACAACAUCGGUAACAUCAACACCAACAACAAAAUCUUUCUCGAAGACCCAAAUAUAUUCAACAGCAGUUUUGCUGAGAAGAAGAGUACCUCUACGACAUCAACAAAAAGUUUAGAGCCAACCAACUCUCACCAACAACAACAAUUACAUUACCAACAACCACAACAACAACAGCAACAACAAAACAAAAAAAUCAACAACCCAACAACCAAGGCCGGCAACAACAAAAACUUCCUCAACGUGAAAAUCAAUAACAACAUCAACAUCGCAACACAGUUCAACGACUCCAGCAACACUGCAACAUUUAACAACAACAACAACGACGACGAUGAUGGCGACGACGAUGAAUCGAUCUCUAGUAGUCUAGUCUCCAAUCAGACUGUCGUCAACAGAUCGAAACAACAAAACAACAAGAGCGCAAAAAACAACACCAACAGUUUCAACACAUUCAAGUACAGCAACGAUAAACAACAACAACAACAACAACAACAACAAAGAAGAUCGUCGUCGCCACCGCAACUACCACAGCCACUUACUUGGAACCAGCCGUCACCACACUCCCUCUCAACAAACGCGACACCAGUUUUCCAACACCCGCAACAACUUCAACAACAUUUCUGCCAACAUCAUCGCCAGCAGUCUAAGCAACCGUUUCAUCACGUCGUCGCAAGUACACCAACCUCAACUCUCAGACGACUCGAACGACAACAACAACAACUUCUACAACAGCAGCAACAACAACAUUCUCAACAGUUCUACCCACAGCAACACAAACUACAACAAUCGUGUGACUUUCCUCAACACGUGCACUUAUGCGAGAGCGUACCACCAAUGAACGAGCAGACUGAAGUAUGCCUACACUGUCCGAACUGUGAUGUUGUUGUUGGUGUUGACGCUGAGACCAGCAACAACUGUUGCAAUGAUGUCAUGCAACAUUUCCUACAACAACAACAACACUUGAUACAACAACAACAACAACAGCAGCAACAAAUUUGUCAACAUCAGUAUUUACAGCCACAACAAAUCACACAUCCCAGCAAGAUACUACACUUAACAAGAUCAACUUUAUUAUGA